CAUCGAACUGAAUGCCCUUGCCAGAGUGUGUGUGGUUCUGCAUUUAUCUUCUUUAUUUUGUAAGGACAUUUUAGUUUGUGCGUAAUGGAAUCUGAUGGUAAUUAUAGUUGCCCCAGGUUGGUCACUAGCAGCAGCGCCGGUACCAGUGAGGUCCCCCUGCCGGUGGACGCUAGCACCAGCAGGAAGGUCGUCCUCAGCAGCAGCGCCGGUACCAGUGAGGUCCCCCUGCCGGUGGACGCUAGCACCAGCAGGAAGGUCGUCCUCAGAAGCAGCGACGGUACCAGUGAGGUCCCCCUGCCGGUGGGCGCUAGCAGCACCAGCAGGAAGGUCGUCCUCAGCAGCAGCGCCGGUGCCAGUGAGGUCCCCCUGCCGGUGGACGCUAGCACCAGCAGGAAGGUCGUCCUCAGAAGCAGCGCCGGUACCAGUGAGGUCCCCCUGCCGGUGGACGCUAGCAGCACCAGCAGGAAGGUCGUCCUCAGCAGAUGCGGCGGUACCGACCCUACCACUACCACCAGCAGCACCAGCAGGAAGGUCGUCCUCAGAAGCAGCGCCGGUACCAGUGAGGUCCCCCUGCCGGUGGACGCUAGCAGCACCAGCAGCAAGGUCGUCCUCAGCAGCAGCGCCGGUACCAGUGAGGUCCCCCUGCCGGUGGACGCUAGCACCAGCAGGAAGGUCGUCCUCAGCAGCAGCGCCGGUACCAGUGAGGUCCCCUGCCGGUGGACGCUAGCACCAGCAGGAAGGUCGUCCUCAGCAGCAGCGCCGGUACCAGUGAGGUCCCCCUGCCGGUGGACGCUAGCACCAGCAGGAAGGUCGUCCUCAGCAGCAGCGCCGGUACCAGUGAGGUCCCCCUGCCGGUGGACGCUAGCACCAGCAGGAAGGUCGUCCUCAGCAGCAGCGCCGGUACCAGUGAGGUCCCCCUGCCGGUGGACGCUAGCACCAGCAGGAAGAUCGUCCUCAGCAGAUGCGGCGGUACCGACCCUACCACUACCACCAGCAUCAGCGGUACCGACCCUACCACUACCACCAGCAUCAGCGGUACCGACCCUACCACUACCACCAGCAUAAGCGGUACCGACCCUACCACUACCACCAGCAUAAGCGGUACCGACCCUACCACUACCACCAGCAUAAGCGGUACCGACCCCAGCACCACCAUCCACACCGGUACCAGACUCACAGCUCCCGGACACAGAAGGAUGAUGCUGGGACUUCGGGCAAAUGAUGACACAACUAAGAGAGAGUCGUCGGAAGACAUCGUGGUGACCACCGGCAGGACAACUAAGUCCUCAUGGAUACAGAAUUUCUUCCUGUGUCUGGGAGCUUGGGCCUGCCUGGUAACUACCUUGGCUCUCUGCUACAUCGUAGUUAAUAGAAACAUUUGAAUCUGUUACUUCAGGUAUAUCUAUUUUAUUU